GCUCGGCUAAUCCUGCUAACGGCUAACGGCUAACGGCGCUAUGAUGGCGGAGCUGGUGCAGGGACAGGCCUCGAUGAACCAGCCGGGGCUGAAGUCAGACGGCCUGGCCGAUGUGUUACAGAGGGCCCGGCAGAUUGUGGGUAAGAUGGGUGGUGAAGCCAUGUCUCACAUGAACAGCUCGUCGGCCAGUGUUGAGUCUUCGCUGUAUUACACCGGACAGAAACGACCAGGAGACGACGGAGUAGGAAACCAGCUGGCCGCCAUGGGACAUCAAAGAGUAAUCACAGAAGAUUACAAGGUCCCCGACAGGAUGGUGGGCUUCAUUAUCGGUCGGGGGGGUGAACAGAUCACCAGGAUCCAGUUGGAGUCCGGCUGUAAGAUCCAGAUCGCUGCUGACAGUGGUGGUCUGAUGGAGCGUCCAUGUUCCCUGACCGGGACUCCAGAGAGCAUCGAGCAGGCGAAGCGGCUGCUGGUCCAGAUCGUGGAACGCUGUAGAAACGGACCAGGUUUCCACGGUGACGGAGAGGGCGGAGCCUCGGUGCAGGAGAUGCUGAUCCCGGCCAGUAAGGUGGGGCUGGUGAUUGGCCGAGGAGGAGACACCAUCAAACAGCUGCAGGAGCGGGCGGGCGUAAAGAUGAUGAUGAUCCAGGAUGGGCCGAUGCCCACAGGCGCCGACAAACCCCUGCGCAUCUCAGGAGACCCGUACAAAGUCCAGGCGGCGAGGGAGUUGGUGUUGGAGGUGAUUCGCGAGAAGGACGGAGACUUCAGGUCAGGACGCAACGACUUCACUGCCCGACUGGGAGGAGCCAGCCUCGACGUUCCAGUUCCACGGUUCGCAGUCGGCAUCGUGAUUGGACGGAACGGAGAAAUGAUCAAGAAAAUCCAGAAUGACGCAGGGGUUCGAAUUCAGUUUAAAGCAGAUGACGGCAUCAGUCCAGAGCGUGUUGCCAUGGUGAUGGGUCAGCCGGACCGCUGUCAGCACGCCGUCCACCUCAUCAAUGAGCUCAUCCAGACCGCACAGGAGCGGGAUGGCUUCGGCUCGGCACUGCGCAGUGGGAGGGUCAGAGGUCGCGGUGACUGGACCAUGGGGUCCCCGGGUCCGUUACAGGAGGUGACCUACACCAUCCCUGCAGACAAAUGUGGCCUGGUCAUCGGUAAAGGGGGGGAGACCAUAAAGAGCAUUAACCAGCAGUCGGGGGCCCAUGUGGAGCUGCAGAGGAACCCCCCACCCUCUACCGACCCCAACACCAGGGUCUUCACCAUCAGAGGCUCCGCCCAGCAGAUGGACGUGGCCCGUCAGCUGAUCGACGACAAGAUUGGGGGUUCAGGGAUCAUGAGUAACGGAGGGUUUGGAUUCAGCCCCUUCACCCAGGGUCCGGCUACACACCAGAACUGUGGCAGUGGACAGACCUUCCUGACCGGGGUUUGGGGAAACACCUACCAGACCAGCUGGCAGAACCCAGGCCAGCAGGACCCAGGUCAACAGAACCAACCACAGAGUCUGAUGACGGACUACAGCAAGGCCUGGGAGGACUACUACAAGAAACAGAGUCAGUCGUCCCAGAGUUCGGUUCCAGAUUACACUGCAGCGUUGGCAGAAUACUACAGACAGCAGCCCUACAUGUGGAACCCCGCCCAGAUACAGGAUCACUAGAGGCCCCUCCUUCGCUGGUGAAGGCCUUGGAUGGUCGUCGACGGCAACCGAAUCGGGGUUUCCUAGCAACGCUCUGCCGCUUCCUCCUUCCUUUUGUAGAGAAAAACUAAGGAUUAACUGAAAAUCACGAACUCUUUUCUUUCUGUUUUUUAACCUUCCAGAGCUGAUAUUUUGUCGGGCGGAUGUUUUGGACGUAGCCUCUGGUCUCCAACGCGUAGACCUGGUUUUUCUUUACGUUUUAUUUUUUAUCAAACUUGAACUUAAAGAUGUAUCAGUGUGGCUUUGAACAAAAAAUCCAGUAUAAUCUAUAUUUUGUCUAGUUUUAUUUUCCAAUAAGAAAACGGUGUAAGGCUUAGCAGUCUUGAGUCAAAUCAGAUAUUAUAUUAUUAUUUUGUUUAUGAUGUUUUAAAGCAUGCGUCAGAUUGUGUGUGUUGACUCAGUUAUUUUUUUUUUAUUUUGGCAUAGAAAUAUUUUAAUAGCGUCGGAUGGAAAUGUAAUGUUUUACCAUCAGAGUCACAUGUUUUUGUACUAAAUCUGUCGUUGCUGGGUCGGUUUGUUUCCAUCUAAUUUUACCUGUUUAGUCGCCGUCUUGGAGGUGCAAUGAUGCGUUUGUUUGUUUUUGGGUUUGAUGAAACUUCUUAUUCCUGUAGCUCUAGUGAUUCUUUAGUUUUUACAAUGUAAUGAGUAAAUGAGGAUAUUAUUGCGUUAAAGCCAGAUCUCUCUGUGGUCAAACACGUGUCGAACCUCCAUGUUUUUCCACUUCAGCUUUUACAAAACGUGAGAAAAAAAGACUAUUUUCUUACAGUGUGAAACUUUAUUAUUGUUGUAACAAUGUUUUCUAUGUUGCCGAUUUGUUUGUAGAAGUGUUUGGAUCUGAACAAUGAAGUUUUCCAUUCUAUGUGUGUUAGCUAAACCAGCACGUUCGCUAAACGCACACGUUAGUUAAAUGUGAUGUUUGUAGCAGAUGAGUGUGUUACUUCGACUGUGUGUUUGUGUACAUGUGUGUAUGUGUGUGUUUUUUAGCCAAAUGCUAGCAGAAUGAAUCUGUGUUUUUUCUGUUAGUUCUAGGGCAGCGGUUGUUAGCUAAACGGUGCCUGUUAGCUGUUCAAUUGUGCAUUUAAUGUUGAAUGUGUGUUAGCGUCACUAACAUGUGGGUAUUUUUUUUGGUUGUUUUCCUGAACAUACAUGUUUUGUUAGCUGGCGGUUAGCAUUUAGCAGAAUGUGUAACCGUUGGUUUUAGUUGAACAUGUGUCUAAUGUGAUAUUUCCAACGCAUUGACAAAUUCACACGUCGUUGGUCGUUUCGCUUUGAUGUGACACUAAGGAUGAAAGACAACCUAGAUGGAAAUUGCACCAUAUUUUGUAGUAAAACAACAGCUAACAGCUGAUGUUAGCAUGAUGUUAGCAUCCAAACGCUGUCUAAUGGUGUUACAUGAUACAGCAGGAAAAGAUGGAAAUUAAUUCUGAAAACUUUUAGAAGAUAUUAAGAUGGAUGUUUCAGAAUUAGCUUCUACUUUUAUUACUGUAACCCACCGUAGCUGAAUGCUAACGUUAACUGUUGGCUAAUGGAUUCAGUCACUGUUUUGAUAUGGGUUUGUAUCUGUCUGGAUGUUCGAAACCCACUGAUCUUGCAGUGCUUUGUCUGAUUUUCUCUGUUUAUGUGACGUAAACAGAUUAGUCUGGACGUCAGAGGAAAAUACUGAUCGUGUGAAUGUGGUUUAUUAACGGUGAAUUAGUCGUGAGUGAGGAAAAAACUGUUGACCUCCUCAUUUAAAGUCCAAAUUGGAAAUAUCGGACACUUUUUACAGCUACUUUUUACAGGAUUGUCUUGAAAACAUACAUUGUUAGCAUAAUGUUUAGCUAACGGGGCUGUAUUGAACUGACGUCUGACACUUAAACUAAUGUUUUUGUUUGAUUAAAUAUGAUCCGUACUGUU